ACAUAUGUAUAUCGUAACCCAUGAAUUCGAUUACGAGUAACCGAUGAAAAAAAAUUUGUGAUGUAUUCUAAUACGUUAAGAUCGUGUUUCUAUUAGUACAAUAUGUUAUGAAGGUUUCACAACAAUUGGGAGUCUUUGCCAAAACGAAUCGCGACCAACGCUUUUCAGAAACAUAAAACGUCUAUACUGUCUUACUGAACGAACUCCAUUAGCUGCACCCACCGAGCAAAUGGUGUUUUAUGUAGAGAUGUAAACUUUUACGAAGCUAUGUUAUGAGUUGAAGCGACGCAAGCCACAAACGGGAAGUGGUUAUCACAAAAGUAUCACCCGUGACGAAGCGAACUAACUACUCGAGAGUGAGCAGUCACGAAAUAUAUCUACAAGCGAGACAGAAAUCAUGACGUAUUACCAGUCUACACAGUUUAUUCGCUCAACGCUCAUUGAGUCGAGUUAGUAUAUCAACUUGCGCACUAUCCGAGGGAGUGCCGUUCAGUUCCUUUUUAAAUAUAAUCAAAUAAAAGCAAUUUUUUGCUUCUUUGCUUGCUUAUGUCAGUUGUUUCGAAGUUUUACACAAUAUUUUCUAUCGAUCGUGUCCACACGCUGUGUACUAACUAAGAAUAGAGAAUCGAGUCAAAGUUUGUAAACAUGAGUACUAUAGAAAGAACAGAAAAGCCAAUCCCGCUAAGGCUCAAAGUGAUGCACUAUGUACGACUUGCGAUAUCUAUAGUGGCAAGAUUCUUCUUCGGCUUAUACUAUGGAAAAGAAGGACAGAAGAUUCCGCCUAUAGUUGAUGAUAUCCUGAAACAACCGGCUGUCGACGUAGCGAGAAAGAUCAGGAAUAAGGAGAUCACGAGCGUGGAAGUUUUAGAAGCGUGUAUAAGACGGAUCAAAGAUGUGAACUCCGUUCUCAACUGCUUCGUAGAAGACAGGUUUGAACUCGCAAUGAAAGAAGCAAAGGAGGCUGACGAACUUGUAAGAAGCGGCAUUAAAAGCACCGAAAUAUUGGAGCAAGAAAAACCUUUCCUCGGCGUUCCUUUUACCACAAAAGAUUGCAUUGCUGUAAAAGGUCUCCAUCACACAGCUGGAGUAGUGCUACGUAAGGACUAUAUAGCUAAAGAAGACGCUGAAAGCAUCAGGCUUUUGAGAGAAAAGGGAGCAAUUAUUAUCGGCUUAACUAAUGUACCUGAAUUGUGCAUGUGGUGGGAAACCCAUAACCACAUUCACGGUAGAACUAAUAACCCUUAUAACACCACAAGAAUCGUUGGUGGAUCGUCAGGAGGAGAGGGUUGCAUGCAGGCUGCUGCUGGCAGCAUAUUUGGAAUUGGUUCCGAUAUAGGUGGUUCAAUUCGAAUGCCUGCUUUCUUCAAUGGAAUAUUUGGUCACAAGCCAUCUCGAUGUGUGGUGUCCAACGCUGGACAAUAUCCGAUCCCGGAUACGGAGCUACUUAAUUCAUUCUUAGGUUUGGGUCCAAUGACUAGACACGCCGUAGAUCUGAAACCGCUUCUCAAGAUUUUGUCCGGCGAAAACAGCUCCAAAUUAAACUUAGACGAGCCUGUGGACGUCACAAAAUUGAAAGUUUACUACCAAUUCAGCAACAACGCGCCCCUUUUAGACCCUGUUGACCCUGACAUUGUAGCGGCGAUGAAGUACGUAGUCGGAUAUUUAAACGUCAAGUUUCAAAUUAAGGCUCAAGAGAAAAAGAUCGCAAAAUUACAAAAGUCCACAGCGAUUUGGAUGUCAACAAUGAAAAACAAAAAGAAGUUUGGAGAAUACAUCAUGGAAAAUAGUACCGUAGCAAGUAUAACCCUUGAAAUUUUUAAAAACAUCUUCGGAUUGUCUGGUAACACGCUGAUUGGGCUGGUGACUGCUUUACUCGAUUACACCGGAAGUGAAUUUGGCAGUGAUAAGUAUAACCAUUUCUUAAAAGCGCGUGACGAUUUAGAGAAAUAUUUCAAAGACAUGCUUGGCGAUGAUGGCGUGUUCCUGUACCCCACACACCCGACGCCAGCACCGUAUCACAAUGAGCCAUUAUUGAAGGCGAUGAAUUUCACUUACACUGCGAUUAUCAAUUGUUUGGGCUUACCGGCUACUACUAUACCAUUAGGAUUGGGAAGAGAAGGUCUACCAAUUGGAAUACAGGUGAUAGCAAAUCAUAACAAUGACAGACUCUGUCUAGCUGUUGCUGAGGAACUAGAUAAAGUAUGUGGUGGGUGGGUGGAGCCCCAUAAGUCUUAAGUACAAAGAUUGUACAGGGUAGAGUCUGACUACAGUAACAGGGUAACUGAGUUUACAUAAAAGUACCCUACCUACCAUUUACACAAAAGGUCAUUGAAACACAUUAUUAAACUGCCUUAUUAAGUGAUUAAAAAAUAUAUUC